AUGGGUUUGCACUCAUCACAGAAGAAGUUCUUCCCCCUCAGGGGGAUCGACGGCGUGGUCCAGCUGUUUGAUUCCGAGCUCCGCAAGUCAGAACCAGACCUGGCUCUGCUCUCACUGGUCCUGGGUUUUGUUGAGCACUUUCUGGCUGUGAACAGGGUCAUCCCCAUAAACGUUCCAGGGGUCCGCUUUGAGCCGCUGGAGCCGGACUGUCCCACGUCCUGCUUCCCCACGGUGGAGCUGGGAAUGAUUUCUGCACUGUACGAACGUUUCACAGCCCAGAUCCGCGGCGCCGUGGACCUGUCCCAGUACCGCAGACCUGCUUCCGGGUCCAGCAGAGAGCUGGUGAAGAAAGUGUCAGAUGUCAUCUGGAACAGUCUCAGUCGGUCGUAUUUUAAGGACCGGGCUCACAUCCAGUCCCUGUUCAGCCUCAUCACAGGCACUAAGCUGGACAGUUCAGGAGUAGCCUUCGCUGUGGUGGCUGCCUGUCAGGUGCUGGGUCUGAAGGACGUCCACCUGGCGCUGUCCGAGGACCAUGCCUGGGUCAUAUUUGGGAAAAAUGGUGAGGAGACAGCAGAGGUCACCUGGCAUGGGAAGGGCAACGAAGACCGCAGAGGGCAGACGGUCACGGCUGGAGUCAGUGAGAAGAGCUGGCUGUACCUGAAGGGGUCCUACAUGAAGUGUGACAGGAACAUGGAGGUGGCCUUCAUGGUGUGUGCCAUCAACCCUUCUCUGGAUUUGCACACGGACAGCUCAGAACUCCUGCAGCUGCAGCAGAAACUUCUUUGGUUGCUGUAUGAUCAAGGGGACCUGGACAGGUAUCCCAUGGCAAUGGGAACUCUAGCAGACCUUGAGGAUCAAGAACCAAUACCAGGAAAGGAGAACCCCCUGCAAAUUCAUCUGAAGGCUGUAGGUUCUGCUCAGAAGUUCUACAACAAUGAGCACAUCUACCCCUACAUGUACCUGGCUGGGUUCCACUACAGACACAGGAAUGUGCAGGAGGCGCUGAAGGCCUGGGCUGAGGCAGCACAGGUCAUGCAGGACUAUAACUAUUUCCGUGAGGAUGAGGAGAUCUACAAGGAGUUCUUCGACAUCGCAAACGACGUCAUCCCCACUCUGCUGAAGGAGACGGCUACAGCUGACAGUCCUGGGGAGGAUGGAGACGGGGCAGACGGGCCCGACAAGGAGAACGCCAAGCAGAUGAUGGCCAUCUCAGCACUCCAGGAUCCAGAAUGCUUUGCCCACUUGCUUCGUUUCUAUGACGGCAUCUGCAAGUGGGAGGAGGGGAGUCCCACCCCGGUUCUUCAUGUGGGCUGGGCCACAUACCUGGUCCAGUCUCUGAGCCGCUUUGACUCUCAGGUGCGUCAGAAAGUGUCGAUCAUCACCAAAGAACCCGAGUGCCAGGAUGAUGAUGACCAGUCGAGUGAGGACCCCCGGGAAGGCCGGCGGCGGGGCCCCAGGAGGGAGUCCAAGCUGGAGGAUCAGAGCUCCUCUCCCCCCACUGCCCCCACCUCUCCACCCAGCCAGCAACCUGCAGCAGCAGCACCUCAGCCCAAGAAGGUUGGGGACGGAGCUGUUCGCCGUCGUUCCUCUCAGGGUCUGCGGGCCGGAGAGACAGAUGGGACUCCCAAAUCCCCCAGCUCAGAGUCCGUCUCCUCCCCGUUGUCCCAGCAGCUGGCCUCGCCCUGCCCCGCCGGCCCCGUGGUCGUCUUCCAGAGUGAGAAGAUGAAGGGCAUGAAGGAGCUGCUGUGUGCAGCCAAGGUGAACUCCAGCGCCAUCAAACUGCAGCUCACCGCCCAGUCCCAGGUCCAGAUGAAGAGGCAGAAGAGCACCCCAGCAGGGGACUACUCCAUGUCCUUCAUGAAGCGCCAGCGCAAGUCACUGUAGACAUGCUGAUUGUUGAGGAGAGUGGAGGGAGGGAAUACUGUGAAAACCCUGAGGGACACUAGUGGUCUUCAUGUAGGUAACCAUCUCAGUUUACAUGUGUCAUUCUGAGCAAUAGAUUUGUCUUGCACAGAUGAUGAACUAAACAUCACAUAUCGGAGGAGGUGAACAUUUCAUCUAGUUUUAAUUUAAGAAGUGAAGUUAGGAGAAGAGGCUGACUGAUAGAUUGGAAACAGCCUCUCAUUAGUUUGUGUUUUAACUGACAACUUGUGGAACUGGUCAUUUACUUUUAUGUAGAAGCCAAAGUGAUGGAGAACAUCAGUGUAAAAAUAAACCCACCCACCCCAAUAAGAAGAACCUUUUGAUGACUGAAACCUUGGAAAGGAUUAAUUUAGGAUAGUUACUGUGUAACAUUGUCCACUCUGCUCUACUGACAGCUUCUUUCUUGCUAGCUCUAUGUUGCCUUAUUUGGUUUUUGUUGUUUCUGAAGUAGGUGGCCUUUAGUUUGAAGAAUGCCUGAGCUCAGCCUGAUUCUGUUCAUUGGAGAGACCAUGCACUGUUUCGAUGGAGCCCCACUGGGUCACUCUACUACGUCGUUUUGCUUGAUAAUUUGUGGUUCUUUUUCUUGUAUCUACAAGUAAUAAAGACCUAAAAACAA